UAAAACAGAAGUAAGAAAUAAACAAUAAACCCAAAUAAAUAAAUUGAGUGAAGAGAGUUCACUGAGCUCUCUUAAGCUUAAAAAAAAAAAAUCUCCAUGGAUUCUCUCUUUCUUCGUCCGGUCUCUUCCCCUUAUCGCCUCUGCUCAAGGCCUUCUCUACGAAGAGGUGGUUGUGCGCAAAUCCAGUAUCUUUACCAAGAUUUUAACACCAGAGAUAGAUGUAGUACUGAAAGAAUUCGAGGGUGUCUCUUAAAUCAUCGAGAUAGUAAUGCAAAUUCUACAUCUUAUGGAAGAUUUCAUGAGUUGAGUCAUGUAAAAGCCUCAUCAGGACAUCCUUUAGAAUCUGCACCUGAAGAUUACUCCUCUACUAGCACAUGGAGAGCUAUACUGGCUUCACUAAAUGUUCUCUACCGAUUCUCGCGGCCUCAUACAGUUAUAGGAACAGCAAUGGGCAUAGUCUCGGUUUCUCUUUUGGCUGUAGAGAGUUUACCUGAUAUUUCUCCAUUAUUUUUUGCUGGAAUGUUGGAGGCAGUAGUUGCUGCACUUUUUAUGAAUGUUUACAUUGUUGGAUUAAAUCAGUUGUUUGACAUAGAAAUAGACAAGGUUAAUAAACCGGAUCUUCCUCUUGCAUCAGGAGAAUAUUCUCUCAAAGCUGGCGUUGCAAUUAUUACUGCUGCUGCCUUGAUGAGCUUUGGCAUUGGAUGGUUUGUUGGUUCUUGGCCAUUAUUCUGGGCUCUGUUUAUCAGUUUUGUUCUUGGGACUGCAUAUUCAAUCAAUUUACCAUUUUUAAGAUGGAAGAGAUUUGCAGUUGUUGCAGCAAUAUGUAUCCUCGCUGUGCGUGCUGUUAUUGUUCAGCUAGCCUUUUUCUUGCACAUCCAGACCUUUGUUUUUAGAAGACCAGCAAGCUUCUCAAGGCCAUUGAUAUUUGCAACAGCGUUCAUGAGCUUCUUCUCAGUUGUUAUUGCACUAUUCAAGGACAUACCUGAUAUUGAUGGUGAUCGCAUUUUUGGCAUUCGUUCGUUCAGCGUACGCCUGGGCCAAAAAAAGGUGUUUUGGAUUUGUAUAUAUCUACUUGAGAUGGCUUACACUGUAGCAAUGGUUGUUGGAGCGACUUCUUCCUGCCUCUGGAGCAAAUGCAUAACAAUUUUAGGCCACGCAAUUCUUGCUUCAAUUCUCUGGAAUCGUGCUAGAUCUCUCGAUUCGAUGACAAAAGCUGCUAUAACAUCUUUCUACAUGUUCGUUUGGAAGCUUUUUUAUGCUGAGUAUUUGCUUAUCCCAUUUGUAAGAUGAAUGACUGUAGUUACUGGGUAAAAGAGAAUUCAGCAAAGCAGGAGUUGAACAAUUUGCGUACUUAUAGUGCCCUUAAUCAUCAUUAUGGCAAUCAUCGACAUAGACUUCUAUGCUUCAUCGGUAAUCUUCUUUGUUCCUUGUUCUUAUCGUGUUCAACCAGAGAUGCAUUGCCAUCAGAUGAGAUCUUUCAGUCUCUGUUGCUUUUAAGACAUUAAGAUCAAUCCCAAACCUGUUAAUAUUUUCCUGUAAGUUACCAGAGGCUCUACAGUGUGAAUUUUCGUGAUGCGUAUUGUAAUGUUUUCCUCCUGUAUCCUUAAGAUGUACCUUCUGUAUUUAACUUGAGUGAAGUGGUAAUGCAGAAACAUGUGCUAAAGAAAUAUAUUGAUGGUGAAUUUAAUUCGAAUA